AUGGGCGCCGCUUGCGUCACCAAUCCGUCGGAUCUGCUCAAGGUCCGGCAGCAACUCUCGACAUCGACAUCAGAAAGUUUCGUCACGGUGGCUGCGCGAAUGUUUCGUACAGAAGGCUUUCUCAGCUUCUACAAAGGUCUCUCAGCCUCUUUGCUACGCGAAGCGUCAUAUGGUGCUAUUCGGUUCUCGACCUAUGACGUUUGCAAGUCGACGAUUCUCCGUGUGACACAACGAGAGCCAGACGCGAUGCUGGUCAAGCUGGGCGCUGGCAUGAUGUCCGGCAUGCUUGGCGCAGGCCUCGCCAAUCCUGCUGACCUGCUCAAGAUCAGAACGCAAAGCCUAUCAGCUACUGGCACGCUCAGAGACCAUGCGAGAGCUGUCAUUGCUCAGCGUGGAGUCGCUGGCUUAUACAAGGCCGUCUGGCCUACGACGCUACGUGCCGGCGUGUUGACCGCUUCCCAGCUGGGCUCGUAUGACAUCAUCAAGCGAAGUCUCGUCAAGCAUCUCGACUUUAAAGAAGGCAUCAAGACUCACUUAGCAAGCUCUGCCGCUGCCGGAUUCAUCUGUUCAGCAGCCACAAACGGGCUCGAUGUCGUCAAGGUCAGACUCAUGAAUGAUAGUCACAACCGAUACAGUGGCGCCUUUGCGUGUGCCGCCAUCACGUUCCGCGAAGAGGGAUUGCUCGCAUUCAGCAAAGGCUUCACCAUGUGUUUCCUGCGACUUUGGCCCCAUUCUGUCGUCUCGCUGAUGCUCUAUGAGCAAUUGCGCAAGGCGUUUGCAAUCAGCCCCAUCUGA